AUGUCCUUGUGCCCUCUGCUUGGCCCUCGGGGGCAAAAAGCAGACCAGCUCACGCACGCUCAGAUACAAGGGCUGGUCAGGUUUCAAUGUUUUCCCUUCUGUGGUGUCUGCGUUUCUUACAGGGGUGAAGACAUCUUAAACCAGAGGAGUGACUCUCUAGUCGUGGAAUUUCAGUCGUCAACCAGCCGGUGCAGGAGUGUCUAUGAACCAGAUAGAAAUGUGUUACGGAGGAAAGAACGAGAAAGGAGAAAUCAGGAGACUCAACAGGACGAUGGCACAUUUAAUUCCAGUUAUUCCCUCUUCAGUGAACCCUACAAGACUAACAAGGGGGAUGAGCUCUCCAACCGGAUCCAGAAUACGCUAGGCAAUUACGACGAAAUGAAGGACUUUUUAACUGAUAGAUCUAAUCAGAGUCAUCUCGUUGGCGUUCCCAAACCUGGGGUUCCUCAGGCUGCUGUGAACAAGAUCGAGGAACAUUUUGUUGCAGAUUCAAGAGCCCAGGCCCAGGCCUCCUCUGUGGGCAGCACGGCGUCUUCCACACCAGCGGCUGUGCCCGGGCAGCAGAGUAAGAGGGGCACCGUGGGCUGGCAGAAGGCUGGGCACCCGCCUCCCGACGGCCCACCGAGAGCAACACAACAGAGCUCUCUCAGGACCUUGCUUGGAGAUGGCGCUGGCAGGCAGCAGCCACGGGCCAAACAGGUGUGCAAUGUAGAGGUGGGUCUUCAGACCCAGGAAAGACCACCCGCCAUGGCAGCCAAGCACAGCAGCAGUGGACACUGUGUUCAGAACUUUCCUCCAUCCCUGGCUUCCAAACCCAGCCUGGUCCAGCAGAAACCGACCGCAUAUGUGCGGCCGAUGGAUGGCCAAGAUCAGGCUCCCGAUGAGUCUCCGAAGCUUAAGUCGUCCACGGAAACCAGCGUGCACUGCACGUCAUACAGGGGCGUCCCGGCCGCCAAGCCAGAGUCCACCAGAGCCAAGGCCAAGCUUUCCAAGUUCAGCAUCCCCAAGCCAUCGGAGGAGAGUCGAUCUGGAGAAACCAACAGCUGUGUGGAAGAAAUAAUCCGGGAGAUGACCUGGCUUCCACCACUUUCUGCUAUUCAGCCGCCUGGCAAGGUGGAACCCAGCAAAUUUUCAUUCCCAAAUAAGGACUCUCAGCUGGUUUCCUCUGGACACAAUAAUCCAAAGAAAGGUGAUGCUGAGCCCGAGAGUCCAGACAAUGGCACCUCGAAUACAUCAAUGCUAGAAGAUGACCUCAAGCUAAGCAGUGAUGAAGAGGAGGGUGAACAGGCAGCCCAGGGAACCGCGCUCCACGCUCUGUCUGACAGCGCCGGGGUCCAGCAGGCCGGCUGCAGAGCCUCGGUGCCCUCCAGCAAGGGCAGCAGCAGCGGCAGCAGCAGCAGCGGCAGCAGUUCGUCCAGCGACUCGGAGAGCAGCUCGGGAUCCGACUCCGAGAGCGAGAGCAGCUCCAGCGAGAGCGAGGGCAGCAAGCCCGCCCACUACUCCAGCCCCGAGGCUGAGCCCGCGUCCUCUAACAAGUGGCAGCUGGAUAAAUGGCUAAACAAAGUUAAUCCCCACAAGCCGCCUGUUCUGAUCCAGAAUGAAAGCCACGGCCUGGAGAGCAGUCAGUACUAUGCCCCCGGGAAGGACCCCGCGCAGGACUGCGGGAAACUCGCCGACGGGUGCCAGGCCGGCCUGAGGGAGAAGGACGUCAAGAGCGCCUGCAAGGAAGAGCAGAGGCCAAGGACAGCCAACAAGGCCCCGGGGACGAAGGGGGUGAAGCAGAAGUCCCUGCAGGUUGCGGGCAAGAAGCCCCCCAGGCGCACGGAGAGGACCUCUGCCGGCGAGAGCACUAACUGCCAGCGGCCGGAGGAGCCCGCGGAUGCGCUGGGGGCAAGCGCCGCAAUCCCUCCCAUCCCUCCGGAGCCCACCAAAGCCAGGCCCUGUGCCAACAGCAGGACGAGCCACCGCAAGGAGCUGCGCGCCUCGGUCACCUGCGAGAAGCGCCGCACGCGGGGCCUAAGCAGGAUCGUCCCCAAGUCCAAGGAGUUCAUCGAGACAGAGUCCUCAUCUUCGUCCUCCUCCUCGGACUCCGACCUGGAGUCGGAGCAGGAGGAGUACCCUCUGGCCAAAGCGCCGGCCGUGGCCGCCGCCUCUGCAAGUGACCAGAGGCUCAAGGAGGCCGCUGGCAGCAUCAGCAGCAGCGGCGGACCCCGCGCACCCGUGGGCUCCAUCAACGCCAGGACCACCAGCGACAUCGCCAAGGAGCUGGAGGAGCAGUUCUACACGCUGGUCCCCUUCGGCCGCAACGAACUUCUCUCCCCCCUGAAGGACAGUGACGAGGUCAGGUCUCUCUGGGUCAAAAUUGACCUGACCCUCCUGUCCAGGAUCCCAGAACACUUGCCCCAGGAGGCCGCGGCCCUCAGCACGCCUGCAGCCAAGGACGCUGAGAGCGCACCUCCAAGCCACCCAUCCGACACACCCGUAGAAAAGGCUUUGCCCAAAUCCAAGAGGAAACGCAAGUGUGACAACGAAGAUGACUACCGGGAGGUCAAGAAGGUCCAGGGAGAGAAAGAGAGCUCUUCCCGGCAGGCCGCCUCUGCCAGUAACACUGUGUCUGCGAAUCCUUGCAACAUGAACGUCAGCAGCUUGGCAAUACCCAUCAAUAAAAAUGAAAAGCUGCUCCGGUCGCCCCUCUCGCCCCUCUCCGACGCCUCUAAACACAAAUACUCCAGCGAGGACUUGACGUCUUCCAGCAGGUCCAGCGGCAGUGGCUUGUUCCCUUCCACCGCCUCCAACAAAAAGCUCAAGAUGGAGAGCCAGCUGCCGGCUCAUGCCGCAGACCUCACGAAAGCAGCUCACCACAGCUCGGAAAGCGUUCUCCACAAGCCACGGCCACAGACGGAGCCGUGGUCCCCGGGCUCCAGCAGCCACCGGGACUGCAAGAGGCAGAAACUCGUCUUCGACGACAUGCCACGCAGUGCAGAUUAUUUUAUGCAAGAAGCUAAGCGGAUGAAGCAUAAGGCAGAUGCAAUGGUGGAAAAGUUUGGAAAGGCUUUGAACUACGCCGAAGCAGCCUUGUCAUUCAUUGAGUGUGGAAAUGCAAUGGAACAGGGCCCGAUGGAAUCCAAAUCUCCAUACACGAUGUAUUCAGAAACAGUGGAACUCAUCAGGUAUGCUAUGAGACUAAAGACCCACUCAGGCCCCAAUGCCACACCAGAGGAUAAACAGCUGGCUGCGUUAUGUUACCGAUGCCUGGCUCUCCUGUACUGGCGGAUGUUUCGACUCAAAAGGGAUCACGCUGUCAAGUAUUCAAAAGCACUUAUCGACUAUUUCAAGAAUUCAUCUAAAGCUGCCCAAGCCCCAUCUCCAUGGGGAGCCGGUGGAAAGAGCACUGGAACCCCAUCCCCCAUGUCCCCCAACCCCUCCCCCACCAGCUCCGUGGGAUCUCAGGGGAGCCUCUCCAAUACCAGCGCCCUGUCCCCUUCCACCAUCGUCAGCAUCCCACAGCGCAUCCACCAGAUGGCAGCCAAUCACGUCAGCAUCACCAACAGCAUUCUCCACAGCUACGACUACUGGGAGAUGGCAGACAACCUGGCCAAGGAAAACCGAGAGUUCUUCAACGACCUGGAUCUGCUCAUGGGGCCGGUCACCCUGCACAGCAGCAUGGAGCACCUCGUCCAGUACUCCCAGCAGGGCCUGCACUGGCUGCGGAACAGCGCCCACCUGCCGUAGGGACCGCGCCCUGCGGCCGCACUGUGCUCCCACCUCCGUGGACAGCUCAAUGUUUCUGGACACUGUGCUACUGACAUUCCCAGCCACAGCAUUUAUCAAAACCCAGUGAAUAUUUUCUUAGCCUCGAACAAUGGUCUUUUCCCAGGGCACGUGUGCCUGUGUGUGUGUGUGUGUACGACACACAGCUGUUAAAACCUAUUUUCUUUGUCUAGUUUCCAUAAUCCCAGGCUAGACAAAGUGGUCAGAGGUUUCUGAUUAGAGGAAAUACACUUACACACAUAGACACACACACACACACACACACACACACACACACACACUUCCUACUUCAAAGCUAAACCAUGACUUUUUAGAACAUUCAACCAAAAUCUCGCUGUGAGUUCACAGGUGCAGCACACCAGCAGCCUGCCUGCCAGUGAAGACGACCUAGUCCUUACGUUGUUGACUUCCAGUGUUGAUGUACUAUCCCCACUUACCCUCUGGUUGUACGUGUUCAUGGGCAAUUGAAUAAUGAACGUCAGUCACGUUUUGCUGGAUGUUUACUAGGUUGCAUGUUACCCAAUGCCCUGCCUUUCAUUUACUACUCGCCCCUUCCAUCCAACUUUAUCAUCGGCUAAAUGCGUGGUGAGCAAAUGGAUCAACUGCCCUGCCCCCAUCGUGGUCUGAACCUGGCGCAGAUGUUCGGUGAGAACUCGGUGCUUUUGGAAGCGAGCCAGCCAGCACGCAGGCAGCCAUGGCUGCGUUUGGGAGCCUGGUCAGGAACUGGAACCUCCUGCACCUGCAACAAGCCCGCCCUGCACAGGCGUUUCUCCUUCCUGACUCUGUGGCACGCGGCUGGGGAGCCUUGCGGCACUCGUCAGUCUUCUAAAUGUGGCGAUUUUUUAAGCCUUUUCUUUCCAUGAUAGCUUUCUUACAAACGUCUUGGCCAAAUCAGGAUGCUACCCCGAUUGCCCCUUCACUGGGAGCCUGUGUGUGUUGCUUACCGGGCUGAGAGCCUCGUGCUCCUGACGAUGUCUGAUGCUCUCAGGCCUCCUGCAGGAUGUGCCACGUUAAUGCGUUUUGAACGGGGGCACGUGUGGGGCUCUGGUUAGCUGGCUGCUUACCGCGCAGGGUGCGUUCUUCCUGCCUCGGCCGCGGUGCUGUUUGGGGUAGCAACCCCAGAACGUCACGCUUAUGUCCUCUGUGUCUGGUAUGUUUACAUCUCGCCCUUAACUCUUUUCUUUUUUUUUUUAUUAAGUUUACAUUUUAAUUUUUUGACACCUGUUUACAGUUUUUGUCUGAAACUUGUUUAUUUUAUAGUCCCCUGUCAUGUCCUAGAUUUAGUCUUCUUAUUAAAUAUAUUUGGAUAUAAAAUUAUUGCUUAAAAAGAAAAGCUUCUGGGGAAAAAAAGGAUGUACUUUGCCAUAUUUUAAAAACAAAAACAUUGUCCCUGAGGCCUCUCACUUGACCAUAUUGCACCAGGCUGGUCUGAGAAAGACGGCAGUGCGGUUUACGGAGCACCCCGCCCCCCCCUCCAGGGGGCAAUGACGCCCAGCAUUUAUAACAGAUACUCGUGUGCUCUCGCCAACGGUCAGUUGGUCCAGUUUCGAUGUUGACAUUGUCAGCCUGAUGGAUAGUGGAAGUAAGAUUGCUGUAAUUCCCUAGCUCUCAGCACCCUUUCAAAACUGUACAAAUGAUUGAUCUGUGCGCAUGGUGACCCGAAAUUAACUUAGAAAGAGCAAGUGAAGGGCUUAUGAAAUUGGCAUUUGACUUUGGCCUUCAAGCAUCUGCACUGCUCACAGAGUUUGUUUUACUUUUAUCCAACCAAGGGGUUUGUCACACCCUCUCGCUAGACCUUGUGGGUGGAGUUCAUGAUCCCAUUCAUGUUGGGAAUUUCAGUCUAACUUAAGAAAUUGUGAACUGGUGUGUGGGGUGUGUUUGUUUGUUUGGAGGACUGAGGCUUAGUUCUGCUUGCUCUUGCUGAAUUCCGCUGAAAUGUUAGAACUCUCACAUAAGGGGUGGCCCUCAGGUGCGUCCCCAGGUGCUCUGCUGGCCUGUGCG